CGUUGGGACGCGCCGCGAUGGAGCUGGGCUUGGCAGGCCGCCGCGCGCUGGUCACCGGCGCCGGCAAAGGCAUCGGGCGCAGUACGGUCCAGGCUCUGUGCGCGGCAGGCGUGCGCGUGGUGGCCGUGAGCCGGACGCAGGCCGACCUUGACAGUCUAGUGGGCGAGUGUCCCGGGGUGGAGCCUGUGUGUGUGGACCUGGCCGACUGGGAAGCCACCGAGCGAGCCCUGGGCAGCAUGGGCCCUGUAGACCUGCUGGUGAACAAUGCUGCUGUGGCACAGUUGGAGCCUUUCCUGGGGGUCACCAAGGAAGCAUGUGACAUGUCUUUCAACGUGAACCUGAGGGCUGUUAUCCAGGUGUCCCAGAUUGUGGCCAGGGGCAUGAUAGCCCGGGGAGUGCCAGGGACCAUUGUCAAUGUCUCCAGCCAGGCCUCCCAGCGUGCGCUGGCCAACCACAGUGUCUACUGCUCCAUCAAGGCUGCCCUGGACAUGCUGACCAAGAUGAUGGCUCUAGAACUUGGGCCCCACAAGAUCCGUGUGAAUGCAGUGAAUCCCACCGUGGUGAUGACGCCCAUGGGCAAGGCCAACUGGAGCAACCCCGACAAAGCCAAAGUCAUGCUGGACCGGAUCCCACUUGGCAAGUUUGCCGAGGUGGAGGAUGUGGUGGAUGCCAUCCUCUUCCUGCUGAGUAACCGAAGUGGCAUGAUCACAGGAUCCACUUUGCCAGUGGAUGGUGGUUUCUUGGCCACCUGAGCUGCCUCCAGCCGUGCACACUUCUGCUCCCCUCUGAUCACGCCCCAACUUUCCUUCCAAUAAAUCUGACUCUUGCCCUGGC